CGGAACUUCCCCAUACAGCUUCUACCAUUCUGUCGUCAUUCUGGCUAUUGUCCGGAAAACCUUUAACGCUAUUAAUCGAAAGGUGUCCGCUAAUCAUUCGUAUUGGUCUUACUGCAAGGCCCGGUCUGCCAGUGUGCUUGAGAGCUGUCGGUUUGUUAAUUUGGGGCCAAGCUUAAGGACGCCCAUUGAAUGUAGCGCUGGCAGGCAGGUUUUGUGUAGAGCCACCCCACGUGUUGCUAUUGGGACGAAUGUAUUGGAGGCUUUGGAUAGAUACUGAAUAUUACCGUCUCAGUGACAUUGCCAGAUACAAGCCUUCCUGUCGCUCAAAUUGAAACGCAUAAUAAGCUGUUUUCACUGUUAUUUUGGCUUCAUACCCUACACGAUGAGCGAAUAUUUCUGCCUGUCAGAGUGUGAUGUUAUUGGUUUUGAUUUGGACCACACUCUCUGUCGCUACCAUCUAAAGGAAACCUCUAAGCUCAUCUACGACAGUUUCGCCCGGUACCUGGUGGAGCAUAAGGGCUACGACAGGGACCUGCUGACCCUGACCCCUGCAACAUGGGAUUUCUGUUUCAAGGGUUUGGUAGUGGACCUGGAAGACGGAAAUUUGAUUAAGCUGGCUGAAGAUGGAACCGUUUUAAGGGCAUCACAUGGGACAACUUGCUUAAGCACUGAAGAGAUUAUAAAGCAUUAUGGUCCCAAGAGAGAGUGGAAGCAUUUUGACAGCCUGAAUACCUCGUACACCAGAUCAGCAAAAUACUAUUUUUAUGACAACUACUUUGAUCUUCCUGGGGCACUUCUGUGUGCAAGGGUGGUAGAUAUGUUACACAAGCGUGGGAAUGAGGUCACAGCAGAUUUCUGGAAAGACAUUGUCGCUGCCAUAGAUCAUAAUUAUAAUACUUCAGCUUUUAAAGAGGAUUCCGGCUGGUAUUUCCCCAGCGUGAAGAGGGACCCAGGCCGGUACCUGGAACCCUGUUCUGACUCCCUGAAAGCCUGGCUGCGUGCCAUGAAGAACUCCGGCAAGGUUCUACUGCUCAUCACCAGCUCCCACAGCGACUACUGCCGGCUGGUGUGCGAUCACAUCCUGGGGAAGGACUUUGAGGAGCUUUUUGACGUCAUCAUCACCAACGCCCUGAAGCCCGGCUUCUUCUCGCUGGUCCCUCAGCAGAGACCCUUCCGGACUCUAGUGAACGACGUGGAAGAAAGCGAGGGGCUGCCAUUACUGGACAAGCCGGGCUGGUACUCCCAGGGCAACUGGCCCCAUCUCCACGAGCUACUGAAGAGGAUGACUGGGAAAGCCGACCCAAAGGUGGUGUAUUUUGGGGACAGCAUGCGCUCGGACAUGUUCCCGGCCAGCAGCUACGGGAAGUGGGAGACGGUGAUGAUCGUGGAGGAGAUGGAAGGGGAGGGGGUCCCACGCAGCAGUGGGGGCUCCAAGCCGGGCGAUGUGCAGCUGGAACCGCUGGAAAAGAAGGGGAAGUAUGACAACCAAGGCAUGAAAACGCCGUCGGCCAGUUCUGAGCAGUGGGGUUCCUACUUCGUGGAUAUGCACAGGGAGACUGAGGACGAAGAGGGACCAUCCAGGCUGACUUGGUGCUGCCACAGCAUCCACACGUACAGCAGCCUGGCCAUCCCCAGCGUGGAGGCCAUCGUAGAUCUUCCGCUGGAUUACCAGUUCCCGAGAUUUUCCCCGCAUAAACCCAGCACCACAGGCUACUACCCAAGGCCUCCAGAUUCACUGCUGAAGAAGUUUGGAAGCGUUCCCUGAGGGCCCGUCCUAGUCUGGGCUGGGGGUCGCAGGGGGGAAAGGGGCUCCGCUGAGCCAGUCGUCUUUCGUGUGAAUCAUCCGUCCUUGUAGAGCACAGAGAACCUCAACACUUGCAUAUAAACCAUGUGAAUGUAUUACUCGUCAUAACCACACUCUGUGGAGUUGGAGUCUUUUUUUGAAACUGAAACAUUGUUACACGAAUUGUUACAUGAUGUGACUUGCAGAUGUACUUGUUGACAUUAAAUAAAAAUAUUACAGUUGCUUUCCCAGGGUGAAGGGAGGGAAGCCAUAGAAGACUGUGUAAAUCAAUUAAAAAAAGUUGUGCUCCAGAAACUGUGCUUAAGCUCUUAAUCCAUAUGCUUGGUUACUGACAUCAGAAUCUGAAUUUGCAUGAAGUUCUUAAUGGGUGUCGGAAGAAAAAAAUCCUCCCUCUACAUUUCUGAUAAAAGUGCUGUUCUCUUUGUUUUUACAUUUUUUUAUAAUUUAUUUGCUUAAACAACAUGGUUUAAGCAUUUUGGUUGCUUUUCUUUUGAAGGUAAAUAUGUUGUUUUUCAUUGAUUUCUUGUGAUUACAUCAUGCAGCAAUCAGCAUUUUAUUUUUUUAUGUGUCUUUUAAAAUGAUAUUUGUAUAACAUAAAAACUUGAAUCCAGACUCAUAGCAGUGUUACUGUCCUGUUGUAGAUGCUAAAAAAUAAAAAUCUAUCAGUAUUUUCCAUAAAAUCAAGCACAGUUUUUUAGUCACUGUGUUCCUUAUUUUGGUAUGAAGUUGAAGAACUCUGAAAUAAAGUAAUCGGUUAAAGUAACUGUUCUGUGUGUGAAAUGUCACCAGGGACUUAGGAAGCAGUGUGCUGUUUUGUCAGAGCGUUUCUUCAAGGCCCCGAGGUCAUUCACGUUCUCAUUGUAUGCCAAAAAUCAUUGGUGACGUUGUCCAGCUUGCUUUGUGUUUCGUUCUGGUGCAGCAGUAAAUGUUGUGCUGUCGAGUGCUUGUGUAAAAAUGUCGGAUACUUGUGCUUCAUUCUGCGGCAUUUCGAGGACAUGCUUUAACCGACUACUGAAUGGAGGCAUUUUCAUUGUUGGUUUGCAUAAGACUACAGUAGCUGUUCUAUUAGCAAGGACCCUGUAUUAAAUCUGUAUGAAAUCUCUUAGUAAGAAAUACCAUGUUAUUACUCAUGAAAGGUAUAUGUGCCCUGUCAGCCAGAAUGGUUAUUCUUUUCAUUGUCCCUUCAGUGUAUCACAAAUGUCUUCUUUAGUUAUUUAUUACUUUUUUAUAAAACAUUUUCUACACCCAUUUUGCCUUAUGUUGUACUAAUUGGUUGAAUAUGUCCUAGAAAAUGCAGGGAAAUUGUUAAGUGCACCAUAUGUGAAAUAAAAAAAGAACUGAUUCUCCAAAUUUGUUAUA